GCGCACCUACCAUUACACACCUUCACUCUCUCUUCCUUUUUAGCCUUUCUCUGCCUCCUCUCUCUCCUUUCAGACUUCUCUCUCUCUUCUGCUUCUUUCUCUUUUUCACUCUUUCUAAGCCUUAUAAUGGUCGAAUAGGGUUUUAGCAGAAGCGAAAACAAAAAAAAAAAACUAGCAGUAUUAACUUCUUCUUCUUCUUCUUCUUCUUCUUCUUUAUUGUUGCUGAAAUUCUUACAGUGAAGAGGUUUUUGUCCGAGUUUGUUGGUUUUGGGGGCGCGAAUUAAUUAGCGUUUCAGACAAAAAAAAAACUCAGGAUACUGUCUUCAAAUUCUACUUCAUUUUCUCGGAAAAUUGUUCGCUUUUUGAGUUCGAAUUCGCUCAAUACAUUCACAAGGAAAAUUUAUUUUUCUAUCUGAAAAAAAAGACGAUGGUUGGGUCCAACUUCAUAGACGAAAUAGACUGCGGAAGCUUCUUUGAUCACAUCGAUGACCUACUAGACUUCCCUUGCGAGGACGUCGAGGCCGGUUUGGGACCAAACGCCGAUAGCAACAACGCCUUCCCUACCAUUUGGCCAACUCAGUCCGACUCGCUCCCAGGCUCCGACUCGGUCUUUUCUGCAAACAGCGCUUCCGACCUCUCAGCCGAGCUCUCCGUUCCGUAUGAAGACAUUGUUCAGAUGGAAUGGCUUUCAAAAUUUGUGGAGGAUUCCUUCUCUGGUGGAAGCCUCACUAUCAACAAACAAGAUGACUCAUCCAACAAGGACUCAUCAUCCCAUCAUCAGUUCCAGACAUCAAGCCCGGUUUCUGUACUGGAGAGCAGCAGCUCCUGCUCUGGGGAUAAGAAUGUGCCACGGAGUCCAGAGGGUGUUGCACCAGGGCGGAGAGGACGUGCUCGAAGCAAGCGUCCUCGCCCUGCCACAUUCAAUCCUCGUCCGGCAAUUCAACUUAUUUCCCCUACUUCAUCAUUUACCGAGACCCCGCAGCCACUUAUUACCCCUAAGGGAUGCUCAGAUUCUGAGAAUUUUGCAGAGUCUCGUCCUUUGAUCAAGUUACCUAAGCAAGUUUCAACAGAGCAUAAGAAGAAAAAGAAAAUCAAAUUGUCAGUUCCGUUGGCUCCUAUGGAGAUCAAUCAAAAUCCACCUACGCAAGCAGUUAGGAAAUGCAUGCAUUGUGAGAUUACUAAGACACCACAGUGGAGAGCAGGACCAAUGGGGCCUAAAACCCUUUGCAAUGCUUGUGGUGUACGGUACAAGUCUGGCCGGCUUUUCCCUGAAUACCGGCCUGCAGCAAGUCCAACUUUCAUUCCAUCAUUGCACUCCAAUUCCCAUAAGAAGGUUCUUGAGAUGAGAAACAAGUCUGGUGAUCAGAUGGCUCCUUCAGUUGAGACCGGAACAACGAUGUCCAGUACACCAGAACUCAUCCCAAAUACAAACAGCAGCAUUUCGCUGGAUUACAUGUGAGGGAGGAUGUCGAGAAGAAUGUUUUCUAUUGGGAAGCAUUCUUUUUAUCCGACCCUCUCUCUCUCUAUCUUCUUCCUCAUGUUAUGUUAUUUCUCUUACUGUUAUUUCAUUUCUUUGUUCAUUGGUUUUUGUACAGGGAGGCAAUGGGUGGGAAAAAUAGGAGCAAAUAGAUGACCAUAUAUUUAGCUAGUAGUGGAGGAUUGUAAUGAGAGAACUGAAACAAAGGGUAGAGAGAGAUAUGCAAGUUUAAGGAUAGAAUUUAGGUUUAGUGAUGGUUAAGUAGGUUUUAUUUAGGUAUUGGGGGUCUGUGUUGUCUCUUUUUGCAUUCUUUUCUUCUUUCUUUCUUUUCUUUUUCUUCCUUUGUAAGGGAAUUCUUUUUGCAGUUCAAUUUGUAGUAGAAAAAUUUCUGAGAUGAGUAAUGGAAUUUGAGAUUUGUUAUGCUUCA